CAGCACGGCGGUUUGUGUUGUACCAGCCGUUUCCGGUCUGUCGAAGCGACACGUCAUUUAGAGCCGAUUGAGUUCUCUUCAGGGCAGAAUAAAAAUAAGCAAUUAGACGUUUUCAUUAAUUUUGUGUACUUUAAGUUUAAGACGAAACAAAAUGUCUAAUUCGGUAAUUUCCGUGAUUUCUCGGUUUCUGGAGGAGUACAGGACAAGUACGCCAAAUAAACUGAAAGUUGUGGACGCCUAUCUCCUGUACAUCAUGCUAACCGGGGCGCUGCAGUUCCUUUACUGCCUGCUUGUCGGCACCUUCCCCUUCAACAGCUUUCUCUCCGGCUUUAUAUCGUGUGUCGGAGCCUUUAUCCUUGGAGUGUGCCUGCGGAUCCAGAUAAACCCUCAGAACAAAGGUGACUUCCUGUCCAUCUCCCCGGAGAGAGCCUUCGCCGACUUCCUGUUCGCCCACACGGUGCUCCAUCUCGUGGUCAUUAACUUCAUUGGUUGAGAGGCCCGGCCUCGUCCCUACCCGCCUUAAUCGACAUGAGAAGCGAACAAGUUGAAUUUGUGACCAAAAGGCAGGGAAUGCCUAGAGGCAUCUGCAGCCCCACUGUACAGCACAGCAGCGCCCCAUCUAGUACACAGACCAGCAGUGGAACUGCAGCUCAUUAGUAAUUAAUCACUGUCUCCCUGAAAAUGCAGUGGCCCACUACUCUGUACAUAUACACUUUUACACGGGGGUGCAUGAAACCAUUACAUUCUCUUUUUUUCCCGAAAAAAAUGUGCUCUUUUGACUUGUUCAUUAUUUCACUUCAUACUUCAGAAAUAAAAUGACCCGAUUACA